UCAGGCUGGAGUAUCCUUAGUUCUAUCAACUCUGUGCUUUCUCCACACUCAGAGUGUUUAAAUGGGAUAGAUCUAAUUCAGAUCAAGUUGGCUUAUGCCUCCUCUGUUCUUUCUUUUGUUUUCAGUCUUUUAUUAUCAGCAUUGGUGAGCUUCUGUUUUAUUUAAACGACACACUCGGAGUAACACCAAGGAGGAAGUUGACACCCACCCAAACUAAAUGACUCGGGACGCAGGACCAAGCCAUUCCCAGCCCCAGCUGGAAAAAGCUGAAGUAGACCCACGGUCAGGUCCGGCGUCCGAGGGCCACGUGCGGCAGGAGGGGCCGCCUUCUGGUUGGCGCUCCGAGGGGCUCAGUCCCUCCAAUCGGCGUAGGCCCUGCGCUGGAGAGGGCGCGCGCCCUGCAUGAGAGGGCGGGGCCAGCGACCUGUCCAUCACCGAUUCCGCGGGUGGCAGCACCUACCACACCAAGGCACCUAGGCGAGACAAGGCCGAAGCGGGAAGGCCGCGGCUGGGGGAGGCGGGGCCAGGCUGGCGGGAGCCAAUCCGCUGGGCGGCGCCAGGGGGCGGGGUCACCGCGCGCGACCCAAACACUCCGGCCCUGGCGCAUCCCGGAGCAGCGCAGCUUCUCCGCCUUCUGGUGAGAGGGCCGCUGAACCUCCUCCCCUCCUGGGCACCCCUACCUUCGUGUCCCACCUCCCCCCCCACCCCCGCCCCUCCUUCACCGGGGGAGCGCGGUGACGGUUGCCGGGAAGCACGCGCCGCUACUCCCUCCCCUCCGGCGUCCUCCCCUCACGCGCCACCCGGUUUUCCUCCUUCUCCGUUAAUAACAGCUGGGUGGCUGGGGGAGGAGGGAAGGUGGCCUUGGCUGAGUCUGGGCGGGCGCCUCCCACUCACCCGCGAGCCGCCGUGGGAGCAGGAGGAUGGCGGCGGUAGCGGCGGCCGCCCGGGAGGAGGCGGUGCCGAGGCUCUCGGCGCAGAGCGCGGCGGCGGCAGAGAGCGGCAGCGGCCCGUCGCGGCGCACUAGAACCGAAAGCAGCGGCAGCCGCGCAGCCACCUGAGCCGCCCCGCCCGCUGGAGCCAGCGAGCGGCGCCCACGGGAGCCGGGACCUCCUUCCUCUCCGUCUCUCCUCGUCUCCCGCGCCCCGUCAGGCAGCAGGUCUCGCCCGCCAACCCCGAGAAGAGCGCGCCGGGCGCAGACCGGCCCUCGGGGCGCCGGGCUGCGGCCCUGGACGUGCGGGCUUCUGUCUGCGCCGGCCUCGGCGCCUCGACCCUGCCCUCUCGCUCACGCGCUCGCUCCCCCCCUCCCGGCGCUCCGGGCGCUGCGCGCGGGCCCGGCCCGGGACAGGGCGGACAUGGGCGCCAAGCAGAGCGGCCCGGCCGCUGCUAACGGCCGCACCCGCGCGUACUCGGGCUCGGAUUUACCUUCCAGCAGCAGCGGAGGGGCCAACGGGACUGCGGGCGGCGGGGCGCGAGCCGCGGCCGCCGGGAGGUUUCCGGCUCAGGUGUCCGGCGCGCACCAGCCCAGCGCCUCCGGUGGCGCCGCGGCGGCCUCGGCGGCCCCACGCAGCCGCUCCCUAGGCGGGGCCGUGGGGACCGUGGCGGCGGGGGCCCGCGCGGCGCAGUCCACCUUCAGCAUCCCCAACAGCAGCAGCGGCCCGUACGGCUCCCAGGACUCGGUUCACAGCAGCCCCGAGGACGGCGGCGGCGGCGGCAGGGACCGGCCGGCGGGCGGGGGUCCCGGCGGCCCACGCCUGGUGAUCGGCUCCUUACCAGCUCACCUCUCGCCGCACAUGUUUGGAGGAUUUAAGUGUCCUGUAUGCUCAAAAUUUGUACCCUCAGAUGAAAUGGAUUUGCAUCUUGUGAUGUGUUUAACAAAGCCAAGAAUAACCUAUAAUGAGGAUGUGCUGAGUAAAGAUGCUGGGGAAUGUGCAAUAUGCCUUGAAGAAUUGCAGCAGGGAGAUACUAUAGCACGACUGCCUUGUCUAUGCAUAUAUCAUAAAGGCUGCAUAGAUGAAUGGUUUGAAGUAAAUAGAUCUUGCCCUGAGCACCCUUCAGAUUAAGCAUCAGCUUCCUGUUUUAUAGGUUUCCUUGUCUUUUCAAGAUGCUUGAAAAACUGAGAGGAUACGAAGAUUUAUCUCUGGAAAAGCAAAAGCAAAAACAAAAAUGCAGGCACACUCAGCCAGAAAUCUACGUUCUGUGAGACUCAGUAAUGCAGAGAUGGACAAUCAUACAGGAAAAAAAAAUCCUGCUGAGGAGAGGACAAUUGUCACAGAACUCAGUGUACCAAACAUGAAUAAAGGACACACAGGGAUUUUGAAAAUGCUGCACAUCCCUUAAUAGUCAUCUACAUAGGUAAUACUGAUGAACAUUUUAUAUUCAGACACCAAAGUUAACUGAUUUAAAAGUUGAUUUACUUUUUAUUAAGUUCUCUAGAGCUGCACAACUAGUUGUUUUUAAUUUGUUUUGGUUUUUAGUUUGGGGUCCCUUUAUUUUCCCCAAUAUGAUGUUCCUGCAUUCAUCUAUUCUUAAAUUGAAGACCACGUAAUUUACUUCUUAAAAAUUAAAGUCUUGAAUGUGAAACCAAGAAAUGUAAUCAAGCAGUAAAACAUUCUCUGAAUGUAGACUGUGAUCUCAAGUUCUUUGAUUUUUUUUUCCCCCCAAGAGUAGAAAAUAGACUUCUACAUAGGAAAGCUAAAGUAUGUUAAUACUUUAAAUUAAAGGUUUAAAAUUAUCAGAAUGCAUUCCAAAGAGUAAAAAAAUCAAGUUACAUAAUUACAUUUUAAUUAAUUAAAUUUGGAUUAUCUACAGAAUUGCAGUUUAUUAAAUAUGUUGUUUCCUUUUUAAAUAAAACUGCUCAACAGUUAAUCAGCAAUGAAUCAUUUUGCAGCUAUGCAACUUAAAAAAAAUACUAAUUACCAAUUUUAAGUGCUUCCAGCUACAGUAACUUUGUUUUAACGGGUAUUUUUGUUCUUUUCAUGUAAUUAUUUUAUUGUGCUUUGCAUCUCCAUGCAGUUUUCCUACAUUUGGGUAAAAUAUUUAGCAGGUUGUAAACUUAAUAACUUAUGAAAAGGGUAAAAUAAAAUUUUCUUGAGUGGAACUUGGAAUAAUUUGAGGGACAUUUUUAUAUACUUUUAAAAAUCAGAAUUUAAUUGGGAUGCCAGAUUUAUAGCAAUUUGCAUCUUUAAUUUUCCAGGUAAUCUGGGGUUUAGCAUUUGAUAAAUGAUUUUUUAAAGCAAACAUGAAGAUUUUGUUAAUUUAUAAUUUAUUAAUGUGUUAUUACUGUAAUUGAAAAUGUUACAGAGACUUUUAAAUUCAGUCUUGUUUAGAAAGAAAUGUAUUAAGCAAAAUUAUGUGAAUAAAUAUUCCCACAAAAUACAUCUGAAUGGUUAAAAAAUACUGGAGGAGAGCUAUCAGGGCUGCAACAGUGAAUGUCUUUUUUUUUUUAAUCAAAAAUACCAAUAAAUAGAUUUCAUGUUUUCAACAUAGGGAAAAUAUUAUCAGUGAACAAUUUAAGCAGUGCACUUUACUCAGUAUAAUUGAGAGUUACACAGUACUGUUUCCUUAUUUUAAGCUUUCUUGACUCUAAUGUAUUUGUUUGCUUUUCUGUUUAUUGCUGCUAUUCUUCUCAAUUUUUUUUCUACUCUAUUGCUUCUGUUUCAUAUAUUUUAAAAGGGCACGUACAGGAGCAACUGCUGCUACCCAGAAAAAUAUGUAUCUUAUAAACAAUUAAGAGUUUUUCAUUGCUUUCAGUGUGAUUCUAAACCAGGUAAUGUUUUCCCUAAAGUUUUACUGUGAAAUGUCUUUUGUUAUGCUGCAGUUGAUAGAAGAGUCCAAAACCUCCAUUGUGACAGCUGACAGCACAGUUUCAUAGGUGCUUUUUUUAACCAGUUAUGGAAAAUAUUCUUCCCUCAAAGAAAAUAUUCUUUCCUUAAAUUUUUUCUGUUAUCACGAAAUCUUAAUAUGAAUACACUUUAGUUCACAUUUUCAAUUUUGUAAGCUUUCUCUCCCUCUUUCUCUCUCUCACACACACAAGAAAAACCUCUUAGAAUGUGAAUAGUUUUUUUUCUACUGGUAUAUUGUUAUGGUAAGAAUUAUUUUGUUGUCUUCCAUUCUUAAAGGAAAAGAUUUACUAUAGCUGUGGUAGUUAACUAUUGAUAUUCUCUUGGAAGUUGAUUUUCUGAUAUAAUUUACUCAUUGACUUUUAAAGUUUAUUGGCCUAAAUUCCCUUUUCCUUCUUUAUCCUGUACCAUACUCUCACAAUCGUAUUCACUUAGCCUUUGUUUGUCGUAAGGUUCUGUGCUGCAGCUCCUACAGUAGAAGCUCCUGUGGUUUAAGAGAAAGUUCAGUGUUUGUCAGUGUCAAGUGCUACUUGAUUAUUUGUCUAGAACAGUAUCUACUUAAAUCUGUUUAUAGUGAUCCCUUUUUUGUUAAAAUUUACAAAAGGUAGCCUUUUUUUUUUUUUACUUUAAAUUCAGUCUCCAUCAGUGACUUCCUAAAAAGAAGAAUUUAGAAAUUGAAAUUUUUUUAAAGCCCAGAUGCUCCAGUUUUUAUUUAAAGUCAAAAUUGCUAAUCUGGAAAAUAUUAUAAGUAAUAUUGUACAUAAUGUCACUUAUAAUAUUUGUAAAUUUAUAUACAGACACUGCAUAGUGUAAGUAGGACAUAAAAUCACGUUACAUGUUUAAACGUGUAGCUGAAACUACUGACAACUGAAUAUUAUGGAGAUAAAAUAAAGAAUGAAACCCUAGUUAUCAAAUUGGUUAUAGUUUUCUAGAAUCUUUGUAAAUACUUGUUUUCAAAUAAGAUCACAGUUGGGUAUAUAGAAAGCAAUGUGUUCUGAAAUUUCACUUCAGUGCCGCUCUUUUCUUCAUAAUGGGUUUAUUGCCAAUUUUGACUCAUCUUACGGUGAUCUGGCUUUUUCCCCCCUAAAUGUGUAAGAGAGUGUAAGAAUGUAUAUGAGUACAAUUAUUGUCUUCUUUUGGCUCUUUCCCAGAGAAAUAAACUAAGAAUAGUCUUAAUCUGUGUUUUUCAGAUCUGGUUAUAAAUCAGAUAUAGAUUGUGUUUUAAGAGCAGUGUCUGAUUGAAAUAUAAAUAAUGGUUUCCAUAACUCAUUAUUUUGUGGUAGCCAAAACAACUAAAAAAAGUCAUGUUGUUAACUGUUGGGUACUGGGUAGGUUUUAGUUUCUUAGUGCAAGUCUUCUAUUUUUUUUAAAUGUUAUACAGUUAUUUCAGUUUUCACCUACUAAACAGUCUACUAGAAUGUAGCCCCAGAAUGCCUGAGGAGCAUACUUGGAAUAUGUAUUUCAAAAAGAUUCCAGUUUAAAUGAGUUAAUGAAAAUACCAGAUUUUCUUUUCAGAGCUUAGUUCGCUUGCUAAAUUUGGGUUUAGUGAAGUUUAAGAGCAAUUGUUUAACAUAUUAUAGCAAGUCACAGGGAUAUUCCUUUAAAUGAAAAAAGACUGUAAAUUUAAUGUAAAUAUUACCUAAUUUUAUUUACUAAAAGAGAGUUAAAGAAGGGAAAUUUUCUAACAAUAAGCUACAUUUGAACAAAGCAUGAAACUCUUUUUUAAAAUUAAAGAAUAAUUGAACUUACCAUCUGAUUGACAUCCACAUUAUAUGUUGAUAUUAAUAUCCAGUCCUUAUGUUUUCAAAAAGAAAGUUUCCAUAUAAAUCAGAUUAUUAGGAAUUUUAUAAAACUACAUAGAGGUAAAUAUUGCUUUAAAUAUGAGAACAGUUUGUUAGUUGCAGGAAGUUUUCUAAUUCAUUUGGGCCAUUUUCUUGCAUUUUGAUUUAUCCUGAGGUAAACUCAGAACAUAUUGACAGUGAGUGGUUAAAUGUGAAGUGUCCCUUGUUCUUUCUUAGAUAUUUUCUAAGGUAAAAAAUAUUCUAGCAUGCCAAUAUUUUGUCUUUGGCCCAUUCCCCUUUGUUUCUGAAGUAUGUAGCUUCUGAUCUUUUUCUUUGCUACAACAUACUGUGAGGAACAUUAUGGUAGUUACAUUAUCUGUGUUAUUGUCCACUUUGCUUCUCUACCCAGAUCUUUUCAUUCUGAAACUAAAUUGUUACUUGUUUUCUUUACAGGAAAUUGCUACUUGGUAUGCUCCUAGUAGUGAUCCUUAUUCAGGAACAGCUGGUAAAAUUUUUUUGGUAAUAACUUACCCAGACAAUACUUCGAAUACCAUAUUCUGUGAAUGCUGUGCUUAAGCUAAGAAACUGGAUGUUCUUUUCAAAUCACAGAAUUCCUGUAUUAUAUGAAUGGGAAAUACCUUGUCUUUUAAGUUAUCUGAUUCUCUAUGGGAAGUAAAAGGCAUCAAUGAAAACCAGAUACGUUAAUGUUGAGUUUUAUUGAAAAUGCAACAUUACUAUACUUAGAGGAGUUGGCAUAUUUUCAGAUAUUUAAGCCAUCAUUAAUUUUAGACCAAUAGCUAAUAAUAAGAUAGAUUGUUGGUUGCUUGUUUAUAGAGAGGCAAGGAGUGGCAUGGCAUAAACUCACAUCCCAGAAAUAAAUGAAAUUUUAGAAAGUGAUAUUAUAGUAUCUGUUAACCAGCCUUGUGCUUCUUAACUCUGCCCUGGACUGUGAGGCACCUUUCAGGACCCCGAGUCUUAGAAUCAGAAGUGAUUAAUUUCUUCUAUUACUAAAUUCUCAUGGCUUCCUUUUUGAUUUGGUAUGCUGAGAUUGAUAAAUACUGAUGAUUUAUAUUUAUAAACUUAGAGUUCUAUCAGAAUCCUGUUACCAGUGAAUCUGGUGCCAGCAUCUUGAAAAGCUUUCAUUAUUAGUCAGAAGCAUUUUGAGCAUCUGUGUGCGUGUAAUACAGUUAGCAGACCCUAUAGAGAGAUACAAAAGAGAUUUUGGAACUGGAUGAUGAUAUUGAUCUUUAUUAUAGCAGUCCCUUACAUUUUAUUGCUUUCCAAUGACUAUAUGAGUUUCCUUAUUUGAAAAUCAUGAUAAUGAUAGAUAUUUACCUCUACUGCUCUGUUCAUGAUUUCCUCAACUCUUCUGUAAUACUUUAUAAUUUCCUCUAUUAGAAAAUACUUUCCAGUUAAAUAAGGUAUCAAAAGCAUCAAUCACAAGAAAUAUAGAAAAUGUGUUAGGAACAACUUGUAUUAGUAUGUUCUAAACUAAAAUGGAACAAUUCAUUAUUGAUAUUUUAAUAAAUAAGACUUCAAAAUGAUCUUGCCAAAUCAUCCCAUUAUUUAGAAGUAGAAAAUAAGAGAAGAAUGUUUUCAAGGAAGUUUAUCAUAUCCACCCUUAUGUCUAGAAGUUGACAGUGCAUUACAAUAAAACAGAAUUACCUGAGUGCUGAAAGGUUACCAUGAAUUAACUGAUGUCACAGUUUAUUUUUGUAUACAGAAAAAAUUGAUUUUUUUCAGUUUAACCCAUUACCACAAAAAUUGGAUCUAAAAAUAUUAGUUGAAAUUCUGCAAUAGCUUAAUAAACGACUGUUUGUAGUGGUAAUGGACAAAGAGGCCUUUUUACCAUAACCAUUAGGAAAGAUGUACUCUGAAAUUUCUAACGUAAAACGUAUUUUGUAAAUUUGUAAUUGAAAUAUUACUGGAGAGCUAUUAAGUUUUGGGGAGGGAUGGUCUGUCAGUGCACAAUCAUAACUUUUAAAAUUUAGAUUGUAUUUUAGUAACAUUCCAUUAUGUUUUUAAAGGGAGAGUUAUUAGUCUUUUGAAGCACAAUUUUCAUGAUGGAAGAGGUAUUGAAUUUUGUAGCAUAAUGGUUAACCACAUGAGUUCUGGAGCCAGACUGCCUAGUUUUGCCAUCUCCUUGACAUUGGACGAGAUACUACUCUGUGCCUCGCUUUCGCCUAUAAAAAGAGGUAAUACUUCUGCCUACCUCAGGGUUGUUGUGAGGAUUAAAUGGUAAAGUACAUGUAUGCACCAGGCACAGAGUAAGCACUUAAUAAUGUUAGUAGUUUUUAUAAACAAUAAAUAUAUUUGUGCCCAUCUGUGAAUAAAUUUUGUUAUUCUCUUCA